GGAAGGAGGAGCUGAAAUCGAAAGUUCAUUUUAUUAAGUGGAGAUGUCCCUGAAAAAAAGCUUAUAGCAGCUUUGGAAGCUCUGAAAAGGGAUCACCUUUGGGUAUCAACAAAAAACAACAACAUGGAAAAACAUUUUGCCCACAAGGGGUCUCAUAAUGCAACUUAUGGUGCCACCUUUACAUUGACUGAUGUUGGAGUUGAAAUUCCAUGGUCAGUUUUAUCUCAUUUUAAUAUUGUGGAGUAUCUUAAAUCGGAGAAUAUAAUUGUUGAAGAGAACAAGGAUAAUACUGACGAUGCAUGCAUUAUUAGUACAAAAGACAGGAAUGAUGUAAAAGAAAUUAUCAAAAAAUUUGUGACAAACAAUAUUCACUCAAAACCAGUACAGUUCCAAAGUACUUUAGCCUUCAAGUUAUUGCUUGUAGAUGAUACCGGUAAAUUAAACCAAAAUGUUAAGGUCUUCUUGCAACGUUUAUGUGGAGAAUCUGUUUUGUUGUAUGUUGACAUUAAAUCACAAAUGUGUUAUUUAUAUAGCAAUGUCAAAAAUGAAUUGCUGAAUUUACAACAAACACUAGAGUGUGCAAUUGUUGAAAGGGUCUAUACACAGUCAGAAAUUAAAUAUAUCCAUGCAUACAUUGAAAGAUGGUAUAAAGUUGCCAAGCUGAUUCCAUGUUGCACAAGAAGGUUUGCAACAAAAUUUGUAGCUACCCGUGAUGUCAUUAAUGAUUUAGAUAGUAAUGCAAUCUAUGAGCAUUAUGUGCAGGUUACUUUGAAUGAAACUGAAUUACUGGUGAAAUGUCAAGAACUUUACAAUCACUUGAUUGACCUUUCAAAGGAUCUAUCUGUCAUUGUGGUUAGCCUUGAAAAACAGGAAAACCUUCUGAUUUUGAAGGGGACAAAGAAAAGUGUAAGAGAACUGAUGUCGAAGUUGAGAAAUAUGUACAUUCAAAUAGAAACAUCAUUGAGUGCACCUGUGUCAAAAGUACAUUUGAUAAAUGAUGAAUUACUAAAAGUUAGCAAUGCAAAUUCAUUUUCUGUGAACUUAGCAGUAAAUUCACCAAAAGAAGAGGUUGAUGUUAAUGGGGAAGUGAUCGCUAGCUGGCUUAAAACCAAUGGACAUGGUGUUUAUUUAGUUCAAGGUGAUUUCUUGACAUUAAAUGUUGAUGUCAUAGUGAUUCUUUCAACAACAAACUUAUUCCCUUUGUACCAUUCAAAAGAAGUAUCAUCAGAACUUUUCAAGAUGACUGCUUGGAAGGAUUGGUCAAUCGGAGAAUGCAUUUUCUCUCAGAACAAUCCUCAACGAUGUAUGAUUCCUGUACAUGACAACAGGAAUAGAAGGAAUGAUGCAGUGUGGGAGGAUCAACUUCAUAAAUGCUUUAGCAAUAGCAUUUGUCAAAUUAUUAAAAAGGGUCUAAAGACAGUUGCAAUUCAUGCAUCUGUCAUUGACGAGAAUCUUGCUCCUCACUUUCUGCAAACAUUUAUUGAGACAUCAAUUGAACAUGAUUUGAAGUCCUACAUAUGCUGCGAAAGCUAUGAAGAAAUAACCCGUGUUCACAACAUUGUGCAAGAGAGCCUUCUGCUUGGUGGACAAGUGUUAGGAAGAAAUCUUCACUAUGGCAGUGUUCAAGGACUCCACAGAAUUGCUGUAGAAACAAAUGAAGAUUCAAUUGUUACGCAAAUGCAAUUUGUUAAAAAAAGAGAUGAAUUAUUUGACCAACACCACACGAAAGUUAAACCUGAGCUGCUUACUCAUGGUCUUCAUAAGAUGGAAGUGAAAAUUAGGAAAGAAUCCAUUUUUCAGCAAGAGGUUGAAGUGCUUGUCAACACAGCAGAUACUUCUCUUGACCUUCAAAAAGGACAAGUUUCCAAGUUGUUUUAUGAGCGUGCUGGUAAACAAAUACAGGACGAGUGCCAUCAAUUAUGCCCAAAAGGGCUACCACCGAGGAAUUGUACAGUUACCAGUGCUGGGGACUUGGCAAAGAGUGGUGUAAGGAUAAUUGUGCACUGUGUGUUGCCAGUUUUUGACAAGACGCAAUUUCAAAAGGAUGUGAAAGACAUUGUGAAACUGUGCUUAAUGUAUGCUGACGAGAAACGGUGCAAAUCAAUUGCUUUUCCAUCUAUUGGCAUGGGAAAACUGGGAUAUCCAGUCCUUGAGACAAAAUAUGCCAUGCUACAGGCUGUCGAGGAGUAUCGAGGUGAGGCUGUAUGCUCUACUAUUGAAACAGUGGUUUUUACUGUGUAUGGACAAGAGCAAGAUCUGAUGUUUGAGCAAUUUGAUAGGGUACGGAAAGAUGUGUUGAGUUCAAGGAAGAAGACAAAUAACCUUCUCAAUAUUGGAUUUCCAGGCAUAUGCAAAAUAAUCGACACUGUCAAAAUAUGUGUCACUUCAAACUCAGUGAGGACUUGUUUACCCGAAUCAGCUAUAGAAUUUAAUGUUUCUGUAAAUGAUCAGGGCGGUGAAGUAGAUAUACAUCUGUCUAAGGGACACAUUGUAUUACCGUCAACCACCCAAAACUUCAUGGUUGAACAUGCAGUUAAGAUGGUCAUCGAAUCCAAGGUUAUGGAUGUCGUGUUCUGCAUUUGGAAUGGAACAACUGACACUGUUGUUAGAAUUAUUUCUGCAGUUGAGAAUUCUCAAAACAAAAGAAGUUUACGCAAUGUGUACAUACUUCUGGCAUCUCAAGAACUGUUAGAAAAAGCACAGAAUAAUUUUUGUUCGUGGCGAAGUUUUUUUACUGGUUGGACAAAAACAAAAGAUGAUAUUGUCCAGUGUUCAAUGAAGAUGAUGACAUUAAAGAAAGAAGCCGAGGACGUGUUGAGUAAAUGUCAAAAGGUAGUGGCGUCUGCAGUAAAUGAAAUACAUAACAGAACUGACUGGAAUGUUGAUGAAUCAUUUGAAAUAGUGGGGUCUGCAGAGGAACACGAUGUCAACGUGGAAACAUUGGAACUAUCAGCACAGAUCAACCCCGGUAUUGUUAAGUAUUUGCGCGGCAGUGGCGGCUUAGAAACAUGGUUAACAGCUAUACAAGAGGCGUUUAGCGUGUUUGUAAAACCUCAAGAGUCAUCAGAAAUUAUUGUGAGUGGAAGUAUUGCAAAUGUCACAUUAUUUGAGCAGUAUUUGUUAACUGGAUUUCCCAACCCGCCAUCACCAUUGAAGCGUCCCAAUGCAAAUACUAAAGAGGGUAACAUUAUUCAUAAAACAGAUAAGCUAUCAAAUCGUGGAACAAACAAUAAGGAUAAUGUGAUAAAUGACUAUGAGUUUGGAGAAUUUACAGUUACUGUAUGCCAUGGAAACAUAGCGGACAGUUCAGAAGAUUGCAUUAUUUCACCAACACACGAGUACAUCAAUAAGACUUCUGGUGUUGCUAAAGAAUUGUUUGAAAAAGGAGGGCAAAAAUAUAAAGAAGCAUGCAAGAAACUUGAACUGUACGGACCCAUGUACGUAACUGAAUGUCGCGUUUCGGAUGGGGGUAAUCUGAAGUGUAAGAAAGUCAUCCACGUUCGCAUCCCUUAUUUUGAUCAGGUGAAUCUGGACACUUUAAACUUGUUGGAAAAGGCUAUAAUCAACUGUUUAGAAACUGCAGCCGCCUAUGGACUUUCGACUGUUGCCAUGCCUGCAGUUGGUACAGGUAGCGGAGCUCUAAGUGCACAACUGAGUUCAGAACAAAUCAGCAGAGCUAUUCAUCAUUGUCUCAAGGAGAAGAGGAGGCUUGUCACGCACAUAACUAUUGUAAUUUUACCCCAGAAAACAUCAGAGUCGUUUAAGAUCCAAUCCACUUGUGAUGCCAAAAUACGAAAAAUACCAACCUACUUUGGUGUAGCAUUCGGUAAGAUUCAAGUCUUCCUUAAACCGAUGACCAUGCAAACACCUAUCGACGCCAAAGUUGUAUAUACUGAAAGAAAUCAAGAAAACCUACUUGUAAAACCUGCCGGUGACGAAAAUUUAUUGAAAAUUGAUAAAUUGGAUAAAUUUCACAGCAAAUUCAUUAUUCAUUUCAACAUGCCAGUCUGGACCCCAAUAGACAAUAGAGACAUUACACAGUUUGAGACAGAAAUAUUUUGCAAAACAGAACAAUUGAUGCAGGAGAUCAAUGACAGGAAGUGGAAUUCUGUUGCUUUACCAUUAUUUUGUGAAAAAGAUAAUCAAGACUCAUUCAAACCCCCACUACGCCGUAUAUGCGGUGCCAUGAUUAGAGGAUUGAGGUCUGUGAAGAAGUGCAAAAACAUUAUUUCUCUUAAACUGUAUAUAAUCAGCAGCAAUAAUGAAUAUUUAGAAAUAUUUUAUGACUUGUUGGAAAAUGAAAUAUGAUUGUGUUAUACAAUCAUUAACGAAUGAAUUUACAAAUAUCUCAGCUUUGACAAAGAAAGGUCUUUGUGAUUGAUACUGGAAUAACAAAUACAAUUAGACAGUGUUAAAGUGGAUAACAUGUGUUCUAAAAUUGAAACAAUUAAAUUUAUUUAAU